AUGCCGCAUGGAGCUUCCGUCCAGGAAGACGUCGGACCGCCGUCCGAUGGUCAACAGAUAUCCCGGUCAUCUUCGAGAAACUUGUUUGCAGACGACGACCAAGCCUUCAAUCAAUUAUCUGCCUUUACGGAAGGAUCAAUCCUUUCUUCCAAUAGCUCCGAGGAGAGGCUGCGUCCCGCCUUGCAUCGUUCUGGCACUACAAGUUCCGUUAGUCUCGGUACGCGGAAAAUGAAAGCGGUGGACUUGCGUGCUCCUCCGUAUACGAAGGAGUUCAUCGAAGAAUAUCGCCAGCGGAUCAAGAAUGAUCCGGACCCAGAAGCGCACUUCCAAUAUGCGAAAUAUCUUAUCGAUGCUGCAAGGAACAUUGGUGCGAAUGCGUCGGAUCAGAGAGCGGUCCGUAAAUAUCGCGAACUCUUGGUACAAGAUGCCUUGAAAGUCGUAAGGAGACUGGCAACUCAAGGAGAGCCAUACGCAGAAGCGCAAUUUUUCUUAGCUAAUUGUCAUGGGACUGGAAUGCUUGGUCUACAGGUAGACCAUGAACGAGCGUAUCACUUGUAUUUGCAAGCUGCUAAGCAGAAUCACUCGUCAGCAGCAUAUCGAGUAGCGGUGUGCAAUGAGAUAGGCGCAGGAACGAGGCGGGAGCCUCCUCGAGCGUUUGCGUUUUACAGGAAGUCAGCGUCACUUGGCGAUACGGCAGCAAUGUACAAGCUCGGAAUGGUAUUAUUGAAUGGAGGACUGGGUCAGCCUGCCAAUCCCAGGGAGGCCGUUGCUUGGCUUCGUAGAGCCGCGGAACAGGCAGAUGAGGAUAACCCUCACGCUCUUCAUGAACUUGGUUUAUUGCACGAGAACCCGGAAUCCAAGAUUGUCCCUUACGAUCCCUUAUAUGCAAAGAGUCUUUUUACGAAGGCGGCACAGUUAGGUUAUUCUCAGUCCCAAUUCAAGCUUGGGCAGUGUUACGAGUACGGAACGUUGACAUGUGCUGUUGAUCCACGACGAUCUAUCGGCUGGUAUACCAAAGCGGCGGAGAAGGGGAAUGCAGAAGCUGAGCUUGCAUUAAGUGGUUGGUAUCUGACCGGAAGCGAGGGUGUUCUCAAGCAGAGCGACUCUGAGGCAUAUCUCUGGGCUAGAAGAGCUGCAAACAAGGGACUUAGCACUGCUGAAUAUGCUGUAGGAUAUUUCUCUGAGAUCGGUAUAGGAGUGAAGCAGGAUAUUGAGCUUGCCAAACGGUGGUAUAUGCGAUCUGCAGCCCAAGGCAAUAAGCGUGCAAUGAAUCGUUUGACAGAGCUGAAGCGGAUGGGCAACAAACGUGGAUUGGCCAUCAGGCCAACUCGUCAACAGGCCAAGGAUGAGUGUAUAAUAGCUUGA